GAAAAUGGGCUAUCAGGGCUACAAGAUGAUCAGCGGGCACAACACGCCCUUUUCGAGGCAACUGGGCCCCGAUCUAACAAAGCUGACCAGAUGCUAUGCGUACCAAGAAUGAGUCCCCGCAUAUCUCUUAAAAACGAGCGUAGGGGGGUGACUGGAAGAAUCGAUGGAGUUCAAGUGUCCAAGAGCGACAAUAUGUCCACGUUGCAGGCGAAGAGGCCGACUACUUCGUUGUCUGUUACAAGAGCUUUGUCUGUCCCGCUGUCAGUCCGUGACAUCGAACCUGCUCUUCUCCUUGUCGAUGCCGAUCUUUGGGCCAAGUUUCACAGCCAUCAGAACGAAAUGAUCCUCACAAAGUCUGGCCGCUGUUUGUUCCCUUGUCUCAAUUUUAAGGCAGUGAACCUAGAUUCAAAGGCCAUCUACACGAUCCAUCUAGAUUUUGAAACUAUGGACAGUCAUCGCUUCCGCUUUUCCAGUGGCCGAUGGAGUCCAGCGCAGCCCUCUGAACGAUCAGGCAAUGACGAUUUCGCGAAUAGUAAGAGCACUGUCCGCUCGGUACUUUCGCAAGGACUUUACAUGCAUCCAGAUUUGCGUCAGACCGGUAAACAUUGGAUGGAGAAGAAUAUGAUCUCAUUCGCAAACGUCAAGCUCACAAACAGAGUACCGGAACCAGAUACUCAACGCCUCAAUGGACGCUCGAGAGAGAACGACUAUAUCCAAACCGGCAACCAUAUCUUCCACCUGGUGUCGUUCCACAAGUAUCGACCGCGCAUCCAUCUAACUCAGUGCUCCCAGCAGACGCGCGAGAGUACCUUUUCGACAACAUUCACCUACGAUCAAACCAGUUUUAUCGCCGUCACUCACUAUCAAAAUCAUAGAGUCAAUGAUUUAAAGAAGGACCACAACCCUCACGCCAAGGGCUUUCGCGACACAAUAGGAUAUUCACCAUCCCAGUCUACAAAAAGGCGACGCAUGAUCUCCUCCUCGUCGUCGACUCGCUCUACAGAAUCCAGCCUCGGGACGUGGUCUCGAUUGGACAAGGAAGAGAAUGCUAGUGACGGCGAAGGUCAAGCCAGUGAGGAAUUUGAGAGCGAUUCAAUGGGCAAUGAAGGCGAUUCCAAGCGGAAAUUUGUUCACUUGUGUCGGCAAAACAAGGACGACAGCGCGAUGGUUACGAUAUCGAUGGCAAGAGACACGGCACAGGUUACCGGCCAUCUGAAGAGCUCGCCCGGCCUCAUCGGCCACAAUCAAAUAACGAUGACAACUGCAACGAUGGACACCACUCAGCACAAGGGCGUAGGAUCUACUCGCGGUAAUGUCCCGUUAUUUCUCACUCCAGAAUAUGGCUCAAUCGCAAAGACUCGAGAGUCCAAAGUCGUACGGACGCGAGGCUACAAUCUCGGCGAUAUUAGCACAUCGAAUGAGUUAGACCGCCUUCAGGAUGUCUUUGUAGGAACCAGUUCGCCACUCAGCACCCCGCAGCCCAGAGCAGCGCGUGUCCACAUCGACACAGCACCGGCCAGUUUGUUUCAAGUCACCAAUCCUAUGCUGCCGAUCCCAUCUAACACGAACACGAGCACGGACACGGCUGUGGAGUUGCCCAACCUAUCUGCCCUUGCACUCCUCAACCAGGCAACGGCCGAAUGCGCGGCGUUGGCAGAAGCAAAUAGCUCAGCUGCAAUCAUGCCGACUCACGAGGCAGUCAUAUUCGACACUGCGCCAUCUAUGUCAUG